AUGUCCAAUCUUAAGGACCAAAAGCUUCCAAACAUGGAUUCUGUUGAAACAAACGAGAUACACAAGAUGCAAUCUGUGAAUCAAGGUCAUGUCCAUGAGAUUGAACUUGAUCCAGUGCUAGAGAGAAAGACAUUGAGGAAAUUCGACCUUUUCCUCCUACCGCAGAUCGCUAUUCUUAUCAUCAUCGGCUACCUUGAUCGGACGAAUGUUGGAAAUGCCGUGAUAUUCGGAUUUGCCAAAGAUAUCGGCCUCAAGGGCAAAGAGUUCAACAAUCUCGUUACCUUGUUCUAUGUCACCUACAUCGUCUUCGAUAUUCCAUGGGUGGUUUGCAUCAAGAAGUACGGCGCCAACAGGGUACUCGGUAUCGCCCUAAUGGGAUGGAGCACAGCAACACUAGGAACGGGAUUUGUGCGCAACUACCAUCAGGCUCUGGCAUGCCGAUUGUUGCUUGGUGUCUUUGAAGCUGGGCUCCUACCUUGCAUGGUGUUCAUCAUUUCGACAAUCUGGAAUAAAAAACAACAAGGGAAACGCAUAGCCGUCAUAUAUUGUGCGACCACCAUUUCGGGUGCAUUUGGCGGAUUGUUUGCAUAUGGGGUCCAACAGAUGGGGGUCCAGCAUGGCCUCGAGCCUUGGAGAUGGUUGUUCAUUAUUGAGGGAAUUAUUUCUUUCGUGCUCGGUGGCCUAUGCUGGGUGACAAUGCCAUACAGCGCUGAGAGAGCAUGGUUCUUGACAAAGGAGCAAGUCGAUUUGAUGCUCUUGAAGAAACAGCGCGAUCUGCUUUACAAAGGAGAAGACGAAUUCAAGCCGAAACACGCUUGGGCUGCUGCCACAGAUCCCCUGGUAUACCUCGUUGCAUUCUCGCUCUUCUCCUCUUCACUACCCCUUCUUGGCUUCGGGACGUUCCUCCCAACUAUUAUUAGGGGUCUUGGGUACACUUCAAUCCAAGCAAACUACCUUACCAUCCCAGUAUACGCACUUGCUACGGGCUCGGUAGCACUGCUGGCAUGGCUAUCAGACCGGCUCCACAAACGUGCCUUCUGUCUUUUGAUAGUGCCGGUUCCAGUACUGAUCGGCUAUUCCAUCGCAAUUGGGAGUUCUAACAUCGGAGCCGGUUACUUCGCCAUGUUUCUAUGCGCCGCUGGCAUUUUUCCGUAUAACUGUCUCAUGCUCACAUGGAUCUCGAGCAACCUGGCUCCUGAUUACAAGCGCAGCGUGGGAGUACCACUGGCUGCUACCAUUGCAAACGUUUCGGGCAUCCUGUCAGGACAAAUAUACCCUGCCACAGACGCUCCGCGGUACGUCAGCGGAAAUGCAGUUAGCUUAGGGCUGGAGGCUGUGGCGUUCUGUGGGGUCAUUGCGAUUUACUUCCUGUUGAAAUGGAGGAAUCGUCAGAAAGAGAAAAUGCUGGCAAGUGGCGUGGAGAACACUGGCAAAGAGGGCGAUGCGAGUCUUGAGUUUAGAUACAUCUUGUAA